AUGGUAUUGCGUGCCAGAGCUGCCGUCUCUUUGGGCAAACAUGUACAUAUUACCGCCGGCCUCUCAAACGAGGCGCGAAGCCCCGGAAUCAAGAAGGUGCGACUCGAAACGCGCCACGAGACCGGCGCCUCUCUUCCCUCGCAGUCCAGCCGCAAUGCCAUGAGCCACGGCAUUCAGCCGGCCAGCAAGGCCCCCCCCGUCACGCCUAUUAUUGCCAGCCAGGAAGUCAUCAUGGACCUGACCGAACUGUACUUCGAAAUCGUAUACCCUAUCUUUCCUUUCUUCCACCAACCAUCCUGGAUGCACCGGAUUUCCCGGGCGCAAUACACAAGCGAUAGGGCACUUUACACCGCCACUAUGGCUAUGUGUGCGCUCGUAAGCAGCCGCGUGCGCGAUGGCUCCACCACUAACCCGAAAUGGGACGUGAGUCGACUACGACAGCCAGGACCCGAGGUGUUUUAUGCGGAAGCAAGGAAGCAGCUAGCUAGUUUCGAUAUGGUCGCAAGCUUGAAUGUGCUCCGGGCGCAUGCCAUUCUUGCGAUUGCAGCCAUUCAGAAUGGUAGUAUGCGCGAGAUGCGCUGGCAGCUGGGGAUGUAUCAGACGUUGGUAGCAGUUGAUGGGCUGCAUGACGAGGCGAACUGGCCGACGGGAAUCGGGGUAAUUGAGCGGGAGGAGAGACGCAGACUCUUCUGGUCUAUUUACACGUUGGACAUAUUCACGUCGUCAGUAUGCGGCGGUGUCGUUGGAUCACGGGAAGAACAGUGUAACGUGCUGUAUCCCGCAGAAAUGGACGACGAGCUCAUCACAGAUGAAACCAGUAUCCCUGAAACCGUUGACUCACCGGAUCCAUCGUCAAGGGACAGGCCAUCCCUGCAAGUGCGGUCCGAUUGCUGGCUAUCCGGAUGGAACAUCAUCACUGACCUGUAUCGCAUCCUUGAGCAUGCACUGACCAGGUUUCGCAACGUCCGACCGCACACACAAGGUCGCUCAUUCCUACAUGACAUUUUUCAGGACAGCUCGACACUUACCGAAGGAGCCGUGAGAGAUAGCGUGCUCCAGAUGUACAUGAAGCUACCGCCUUGCUUUAAGGAAAUCCCCCAGAUGACGUACGACAUCAAGAAAGACAGAGUAAGCUUUCAAGCGGCCAACAUAUCUGGUAGUAUCCAGCUUCUCCGGAUAGUCCUUUGUGUAGCAGGGGAUACUUCCAUCGAGGACCGAUGCCGGGUGGCUAGCGACGUAGUGGACGCACUUGUAAAAACACCGGUCGCGUACUCGCUUGCGAUAUCUGCGCCGCUUCUGCACCACCUCGGCGGCAUUGGCGUUAUCUUGGGCUCAGUGUUUGAAGAGCCGCUCAGCGAAUCGGAUUACAGUCGUAUUCGGUCCAUUAUACUUCUCAUGGCCCAGAUGCUGGAGAAGAUGGAGGCGAUUCAGCACGCUUCCGGCGCGAGCGACAAGCUAAGGAACUUAGUCGCACGCAUUGAUGAGUACAUGAAAACUCAGCAGCACGGUAAUGACGCCUCGGCUGAACAGCAAGUUGGAGCGUCGAUGCCGACAAAUGGGGCGCCGAUGCAAUUUGGACCGGCGGACUCUCAGGAUGCGCCGACGGGAUAUGACGCUAUGGAAGUGGGAAUUCCAGAAGAGUGGUUGAUACAGGUGCCACCAGAUCUUUUGGGGGACUUAGAUUGGGAAUUUGACCUUGUGCUGGCGUGA